AUUCUCCCCCUGUUACUUCAUCAAUGGUCAGAACUUUUGAGAAAGAAGCCAAAGUAAAAAAAAAAAAGGAAAAGAAAGAAAAAAAGAUCGAUGGGGUAGAAGAAGGAGGCAUGUGGAUGAGUGGGGGACACCCCAAACUCUUCAAUUUUUAUUAAAAAAUCCUUCCUUUCAAAUAAUUGAGCUUUUUACACGACGAACUUUGGUGAAGAAGAAGGGGGGAGCUGGGAAACACACACAAUAAAUCAAUACAAGUCCCUUUUUUUCCCCCCUCAAGUCUCCUCUCUUCUUCUUCCUUGAAUCUUGGAAUUUCUUUUGCAUUUUGUUGGGUUUGAACUUUAGGGGAACGGUCUUCACACCAUUUUUCUGUUAAAAAAAACCCCACAGCCAAUUUGUCUUUUACUGUGUUCAAGAUGCCAAGACGAGGGUCAAGGCCUUAUGAGUGUGUGAGAAGAGCUUGGCAUAGUGAUAGGCACCAACCCAUCAGAGGUUCUCUCAUUCAACAGAUUUUCAGGGUUGUGCAUGAGAUUCAUAACUCCUCCACCAAGAAGAACAAAGAAUGGCAAGAAGUGCUUCCUGUUGUUGUUCUCAAAGCUGAAGAAAUUUUGUACUCCAAAGCCAGUUCUGAGGUUGAAUAUAUGGAUUUUGGUACCCUUCGAUACCGCUUACUGGACGCCAUUAAUACCAUAAUAAGGCUUGAUGAGAGCACAGAAACUGGGGACUUUCUUCAGCCUUGCAUUGAAGCUGCUCUCAAUUUAGGCUGCACACCCAGAAAAGCUUCACGAAGCCAACGAAACAAUGUCUCCACAAACUAUCUCAGUCCUAGGAAUCAAGAGUCUCCCAUGGUAAUGAAGACUUCUCAAGGAUCUGUCAUUAGUUCUCGUUGUGUCCCCUAUUGUUGGAGUUUGGCUAAAUCUGUGAACAAUGGAAUAAGCAAUUCAGGUUUUAGAUUCCAAAGCUUUCUUCCUGCUCAUAAUUCAUCCUCUGGAAAGUUCCCUGAUUUUUCAAGCUCACAUGGUUUGAUAGGAAAUGCUCUGCCGCCGAGCAGGUUCUUUGUCUAUCCUUUAUAUUAUGGAAAUGGCUUUCAGUGGCAAGGACAACACUCUGGCUUCCAAAUCGCGCCUAGACCAGUUUCUACAUAUCUUGAUUCUAGGAAUGGAGGUGUUAUGGAGAAGACUAAAGCCUAUUGUACAAUGGCAACAAAUGGCAUCACCCAAAAUGAAGUAAUCUAUGCUUUUACGAGCCCAUGUGAUGAUAAAUGUGAUCUAGCAUUGCGGCUGGGACCUUUUUCAGCUUCAAGCUCAAGCUGUGAAAACAAAGCUUCGCUUCGUGUGCUUAAAGUUGGUUCAGGCACUUCAGUAAAAGAAACCAGAACCGAGGAUUGUUUCCAAGUGAUGAAGAGGAAGUUUCCCUUGUUCUCUAUGAGAAAUGCAUAUGGCCUAUCUGAGCACGAAACAUGGGGGCAGAGUCUAGAAAGGGAACGUGUUGAUCCAGACACAAGGAUGAGAAAACGGAAGGCAGAUUUUAGUGAUUCAUUAAAGGAAAGACACUUCAGUUUUCUCCCAAAGCUUCCUUCCAGCAGGUUCAUAGGCUGAAUCUUUUUCCAUUUUGAAAAAACAAUACGAUUAUGGAGGAAAAAGCUGGAGCGGGCCAGUUAAACACCUCCAAAUUGUCCACAAGCGCAGUUUGGAUGUUUGAAAUGUCAGAAUGAAGUUCAACAAAUGAAAUGUAAACUUUGAUGGAGUAAGGGAAUAUAUGUGGAAGAAAAAGGGUCUAAGGCUGUCUGUUAAAAGAAAAUCUUUUGGGAUUAAUUGAUAGGGUUUGCUGGACCCUUGGAGGAGAUUACUUAAAUUUUAGAAGUGGGUGAAGAGUUGAUAAACCAGCAACUAGUGAGAUUACUGUCUAUGCAAAUGGGGGACAGAGAGGCAUCGAGCCAACAAGUUUAUUUAUCAUAUUCUGGGGGCAAUAUGCUUUGGUUCUGUGGGUCCUUUUUGUUUUUUCCUUUUCUUUCUCAUCUUUGUUCUUUUUUGGAAAGAUUUGAAUUGAUCAUUGAAUGUCUGGAUGGAAGUCUCUACCUUCAACUUUUAAUGACUGGUGACAUUAGUCCUGUGGGGUCAAAUAAGGAUUAUCUAUUGUUAAGGUGGACAAAGCUUUCUGCUUUUAGUUAAACUUGCUUUAUCAAAUUAGGAAGUUGCUUAGAGAGAGAAUCAAACAUGAUUUCUUUCACAAGAUUUCAUCAAUAUUGAUACCUCAGUCAUUUUCCAUUAGAUGCCAUAUUCUGCCCUUUUUCCACCAGUCAUUAUUUUGCACUUUUUGCCUCUUAUCCUGUCCUGUAUUCACUGUAUGAUUAAUGUCAAAUCCAAUGGGAACUUGUUAUAUGGAUAUGGAAUCUGAAUUUGCUUGAUUUCAAUUCCUAACUUUACUCCCACCAUUGGGUUAUCACGUGUUCUACAAUUUCUUCAUACUUUUCUGUACUGUUUUUCACUGUUGUUUUUCUAUCAAAUGUAUGUCUGGAAUAUAAUCAUUUUGUUA